AUGAGUUCCGAUACAAGUUCCACAUCCGGCUUUAAAUCAUGGGAUCUAACACCGUAUGAACAACAACGUAAACCACAUGAAUUAUUACGUGAUGAAGAACUAUGUAUUAGUCCAAAAUCGUUACAAAGUGAACUAACGUGUCCAAUAUGUUUAGAUUUACUACGUAACACUCGAACAACAAAAGAAUGUUUACAUCGUUUUUGUUGUGAUUGUAUUGAAACAGCGCUGAGAAGCGGCAACAAAGAAUGUCCAACAUGUCGAAAAAAAUUAAUAUCAAAACGUUGCUUAAGACGUGAUCCAAAUUUUGAUGCCCUUAUUAUGAAAUUAUUUCCUUCACGCAAUGAUUUAGAUGAAUUUCAUGAAAAAGUUUUAGCAUCAAAAUCAAAACUAAAGAGUUUAUCAUCAAAACUAACUUCUUCGUCAACAGAUGAUAUAACGACAGGAGAUAAUAAAUCAAAGCGUCGAUCUUUACCAACAACAAGCGUUAACACCAAAAGCAAUGAUAGUGGUGAUGAUGUGACGAACAAAAAACAAAAACGUCGACGAAGUACAUCAACGGAUGAUCAACAGGGUAACAAGAAAAAGAAAUCAAAUGAUAUUGAAGUAUUUUUAAAACCCCAUCCCGUCGAACAUAUUCAUCAAACCCAAAAUCAGCGUAUGAUUAUAACAUCAACAAAUGCUACAAUGAAUCAUUUAUCAAAAUAUUUGAAUCUUCGUAUUAAAAUUGAAAAAGGGAGUUUAGCAUCAUCGACAAAUAUCAACACUCGUAUACAUGAUACUGAUGAAUAUAAUUUUGCAUUUUAUAUCCAGCAAAAAACGGCAGCAACGACAUCAUCCCACGAUUCGUUUGUUUUAAUUGAAAAUUCAACGACGCUCGACAAAGUGGUUGAUAAAUACUGGAAAGAUACUGACAAACCAUGGGACAUCUAUUACAAAACUGUAGAUAAAUAG